AAUAAUAUUAAUAAUAAUAUUAAUAACAAUAAAGUGUUAAGUGUUAUUUCUGUGAUAGUAAUUUAGGAAAAUUAAAACUAAACCAUGGCAAUUUUUCCUUUAAACGAUACCAGGUGCUCAACAAACGAGAUACCCUCAAUACCAGAGUAUUUAUCAGCCUCAAACAAAUAUGGCAUAACCCUGGUCACUGCUGGGACUUUGGCUGUUAUUGUAGUGGUAGCAAUGUUCGCAGACACAUUCCUUUACGUAAUGAAAAAUUCUUCGUCAAAAGUGAAAGCACACACUGCAUUUGUUAUCGGUGUGUAUCCGGUGAUCUCUCUAGCAACAUAUUUCGCAAUACUAGUGCCCCGUUCUCACCUAAUAGCUGAGGCGAUAUGUCAAGGAAUGUUCAUGGCGGGCAUGUACCAACUUUUUUGCCUUUUUCUCGCCUACUGUGACGGUGAAGCCGAGGUGGUGAGAAAAGUCAGCCCGGCAAAACUAAGCUUGAAAGUGACACCGCUAUGUUGCUUCCCAUGCUGCGGGAUUUUGCCCGAAUAUAAAGUCACCAAGAAAUCUGUAAGGAUUUUAAGAUUCAUGGUCUUACAACUGCCAAUUUUUCAAAGCUUGGUUUAUUUGGUCUUAAUUGUAAUGUGGGCUGAAAGAGAGAGCCUCUACAGGAUAAACUAUCUAUACAUCCAACCAUUAAUAGCAAUAUCUAUCCUGAUAGGCAUAUGGGCUAUGUCCAUGUUAAUGAACAUUAUAAAAACAAUAUUGUCAGACAAAUUUAUAAUGGGGAAAUUUGCUGUAUUACAGUUGGUACUGUUAUUCGCUAAAUUUCAAGGAUUUUUUGCCAGAUCAUUGGUAUGGAUGGACUUACUCCCCUGUAAACCCCCCAUUACACCUGCUGUAUAUGGAAAUCUUCUUCACAAUACCCUAAUGUUGGGUGAGAUGGUGAUGCUGGGCGCUCUUGCCAGAUUUCUCUACAAAAGAAAAUUACCAGAAACAGUUGACGUCCUCACAAAAAUAACCACAAUUGGUUCGAUUAUGGCGGAAGAUAUCGUAAAUAACAACAACAAUAGUAAAAUCGUUAUUAACUCGGAAAAACAAAUUAUGGGUUACGAUAAUCAAGCCUGUGAUAUUAAACUGUAGUUUUAAGUGAGAGAACUGUUGGUUGUAUUUUGUUUUGUUUUGUAAAUUAUUGUAUAUUUAGUUUUGUACAUACAUUAGGUUAAAUUUAUAUUUAGUCAUAUCAGAACCCUUCGAGAUAUUUUCGUGGUGCUUUAAAAUGGUAAUGAAAUU